AAUCUAGGGGAUUUUUGACUUGGAUCUAGGGAUCCCACCUUAAAUUUUUACCUUUACCAUGCGAGCUGCGCGAUGCUCCAUUACGCAUAUUAUGAUUUUAAAAUUUUGGCAUUUUUGUUCCCGCCUUCCGGCUCCUCCUAACCUAACCUAUAUCUUAUGUCAACUUGACAACUUCAAUAUACAUACUACAUUAAAUAUAAAAUAUAUUUAUUGUUGAUCUAUUUGAUUUAUUGUUGAUUUAUUUGUUGUGGAUUAAGAUCUGCUGCUAAAUUAUUUAAAUGGCUCAGUGCAGUGAGUGCAAGAAAAACUUUUCCAAUGAUUAUAAUUUGAGAGUUCAUGUAAAAAGAAAACAUGCAGAUAAAUUAGACAUUCUAUGUCCAAGAAAAAGAAAACCCUCUGGGUCAGGUGUUAAUGAAUGCAAAGAGUGUGGCAUAAAUUUUACCCGACUUGAUAAUUUGAGAUCCCACAUUAAACAUAAACAUUCAGAAGCUGCAAUAAAAAGUCAAAAAUGUAGUGAUAAGAAGGUGGCGGAGCAAGAAAUUGGACGAUGGUUGAGGAGAGCCGGGGAAUGCUUAAAAACUUUCAAGGAAAAGGAAUCAGAAUAAAAAUUGAAUUUAUUUUUUUUAAAUAAUAAAGAUAUAUUCGCCUA